AUGGACGGUCCUCUCCGCCGCCCAGCGGGGAUCCUCAGCUCCCCCCCGGCUUCCGGGAGCCAGCCCGCGGGCUCCGACAUGCUCACCUCCGGCGGCAGCGGGAGCAGCAAGCCUCUCGCUUUCUCCAUCGACCGGAUUAUGGCCAGGACGCCCGAGCCCAAGUCGAUACCGCUCCCCAGCUGGUUCCAGUCCGCUCCCGUGGGGAAACCCGACGUGUGCCCGUCCUCGCUGCACUGUAUGAUCCCGCUUUUGCCGCUCGGGUACGAGUCGGGCCACCGGCUCAGCAUCACCGGGCUGGAUCCGGGCCACCUGGACUCGUCCUCUCUCGGCGCGCCCGCGGACUUUCUGGGUUUCGGGCUGAACUAUAAGAACCAGCAGGAGGACUCGGGGAACCAGAGCGGCCAGUAUAAACUGUUCAGACCCCGCGUGGUCAACCAGUCCUCGUUUCCCGCUACCAUGGGCACCGUGUGUUACCUGAACUGCAGCGGUGACGGCGGCGCGUGCCCUCCGCCCGGCGGCCUGGUGAACCUGCACCCCAUGGCCUCGUACCUGCUGAGCGCGCGACACAAAGCCUUCAUGGCGGAGAAGAACAAACCGGGCGUGCAGCAGGCCGGGGAGCGGUUUCCGGUGUCUCAAAGUCAGAUCCAGCACUUCAUGAAGGAGCGGGACCAGAUCCUCACAGACAAGAUCUUCAAGAGCUCCGCGGCUGCUGCAGCCCGGCUCGGCGGCUCGUGCCCGGGCAACAAACCCAAAGUGUUCACCUGCGAGGUCUGCGGAAAGGUGUUUAACGCGCACUACAACCUGACCCGCCACAUGCCCGUGCACACAGGCGCGCGACCGUUUGUGUGUAAAGUUUGCGGGAAAGGAUUCCGACAGGCGAGCACACUGUGCAGACACAAGAUCAUCCACACUCAGGAAAAACCGCACAAGUGUAACCAGUGCGGGAAAGCCUUCAACCGCAGCUCCACGCUCAACACGCACACGCGCAUCCACGCGGGAUACAAACCGUUCGUGUGCGAGUUCUGCGGGAAAGGAUUUCAUCAGAAAGGAAACUACAAGAACCACAAGCUGACGCACAGCGGGGAGAAGCAGUUCAAGUGCUCCAUCUGCAGCAAGGCGUUCCACCAGGUGUACAACCUCACCUUCCACAUGCACACGCACAACGACAAGAAGCCCUUCACCUGCCCCACCUGCGGGAAGGGCUUCUGCAGGAACUUUGACCUGAAGAAACACAUCAGGAAGCUGCACGACCUGGCCGCCAGCCCGCCGUCGCCCCCGCAGGCCUGAACACGGACUCUGCUGCUCGAAAUUCAUCCGCAAAAACACCCAA